GACCUAGGCUCGCAGUUGGAUGUGGUUCAGGAGCAUCUUCCCAAUGAUAAAAGUGAGACACAGGGAGAUGUUUCUGCAACUGCUGAAGAUUCAUCCAAUGUGGAGCCAAAUGAAAUGACCCAGCAAGCGAAGGAGCCUAAGCCAAAGCCACUUAGUCUAAGUGAAUACAGGAAGAGGCUUCAGAAUCGAAAACCUAACCUCGACCGAGAGACCGAAAGCUCAUCUUGUAGCAAGUGGCCUUCUAUUUCUGAGCCGCCCACAGAGUUGGCAGAACUUCCAUGCUUGAUUGUGCCUGGAAAAUCGGAUAAAUCAAUGGUACCAGAAAAGCCAAACCCAACUAGGCCCGAAAGCUGCUGUGCACCAAUUGCCCCAGCCACCUCCAGUAUAUUGCCAUCUAUUGUCUCCGGAGCACCGAUUGCUGCUCAGGAUGACCUUCCACAAAGAUCAACUGAUGAACCAUCCUUGCCUAUCAUGGAUACUACCCUGCCCCCGAUGAUGCCUGCACAGCCAAACGUUCCACCUCCAUUCUUUCCUCCUGUUUGGCCAACUGUACCUUCACAGCAACUUUAUUACCCUGGUGUGGCAGUUCCUCAUAUUCCCAGCACCCUACCCCCUAUGAUGCCCAUGCAACCACCUCCAUCAAUGAUGAGCUGGCCUCCGUUUCCCCCACCCCCCAUUGCGAUUGGUCCUGUGCCUCCUAAUGCUUGGGCUUCUGGCCUGCCACCGCCCUAUUGGUCAAAUCCUCCAGUUCUCCAAGGGAUGCCUGAAACCCUUGUUCCUUUCAAUACAGCAAAUCCGCUUGGAGUACCUGAUCAGAAGGUGCCACAGGACGCCGCAGCUCCACCCGGGGAAUGUAGCCCUCAACUGUCUGCUCCAAAACUUGAGGAUAAUAAAAUUGGAAAGAAGGAUCCGAAAACAGCUGAAGCAUCAGAAAGUAUUAAAUCCGGUGUAUCAGUUAAACCUAAAAAUAUUAACUCACAUUCGAUACCCGGAUCACAAGUUUGUUCCGAGGUUAAGAAAUCUGAUUCACCUAAAAUGGAGACUUCUAUACCACCAGAGCCUAAAAAGGCAAGCCUUUCCAUCCCUGACCUGAAAUCUGCAAACGAGGUGGUCUGCAAAAUCAUGGAAAUUCUAAAGAAAGCUCAAAAGUGUGGAUUUCAGCUAAAGCCACCACUUCUGUCAUCUGCUCAGAAGACUGGAAACCCCUCUGAGGUCCCCAAACCCACCGAGGUCAGCGUAUUAAAGUCAACGGAGCCCGAGAAGGCCAGUGGUGGUGGUGCACAAAGCCAGCCUAUACCAGCCACCAUCAAACCUUUGGCCUUGACUUCUGAGCAGCCAAAGCUUGAAGUUUCUUCAAACACCCUUGCGAAAGAAGCUAAAACCUUAACAUCAUCUAUAGUCAACGAAAAACCAAUUCAAGCGACUGUCCUCCCGCCAAUUGAAGCACUUUGUACACCAUCAGAUGCUUUAAAUCCUAAUUUACUUGUUUCUAAUCAAAAGGAGCAAGGAGAAGGUUUAGAUAGUGAGACAGGUAUUGAAGCAUCUGAUCUGACAAGCUUGCUGGAGGAGUUUGAAAAGUCUGAAGCUAAAGAUGAGGAGCGUCUGCCUCCCAGUCCUGAUAAAAUGGCUGUAGGAAACUCGGGAUCUGAGAAGCCAAUGGGGAAGAAGCCUCCUGCGGAGAAACAUCUGGCGCCGGAGUUAGUCAAUACAGCCGGUCUCACCCCUCCGGCCACUCCACCGCAUCAGCUAUGGAAGUCUGCCAGCCAAUCCCUGAAUGGGAAGUCCAAGCCCUUGCAGGUAACCGCUCAGGAGAAGUCAUGUGCCUCGACACUGAAGACCGCAAAGCUCAUCGAGCCAAAACCGUUGCCGCAGAGCAAGCUGAAGAACCGAAGCCUCGCAUCGGCUCCCCCUACGGCACUGCCAGCUGUCCUCGCAUCGGCUCCCGCCGCGGCACUGCCGGCUGUCCACGUGGGAUCCGGUGACCAUGAUUACUGCAUCCUUUCAUUCACCGGUCCACAGAAGGGUCCCGAGACCACAGAGAACAUCGCGGAUGCAACCCAGAGGGAAGAAGGAUCACGCUGGAACGUCAAACACCAUCAAAAUAUCGUCAUCAGGCCCAUCGUGCAGUUCAACAAACGACCACCGAACAAAGCGUGCCCCAAGCAGAGCGCGGAAAAUGCACCUCCUGUCGUCGCCCAUCCAGUACCACCACCCUGCAGAAACAUCCAGAAAGAUAGCAAUGAGCCCCUGGACCACAGGACUAAUGUUCUGGCAGAGUCUGCAUUGAGAGGUCCCCCCGAUUCCGUGUUAAUGUCUCCAGACUCCUCGCCAUGUCGCAGCGAGCUCGGGGAGACCAGAACUGAUGCCAGGAGUGAGAAACCCUCUGUGUCCCGGAGGUCCCUUCGCUGCUAUAGGAAGUACAGGAAUUCCCUCAGUCCACAGAAGUCCACGUGGAGGGGGCGGUCCAGCGGUAGUCGUUCUGCUUCUUCUUCUUCCUCAUCAUCGUCCUCCUCCUCCUCAUCGUCCUCGUCUUCAAGAUCUCGUUCAAGAUCUCCGCCACCAAAGAGGAGAAGAACGUACAGAUCCAGAAGCCGCCACAGAUCGCGCUCCUCCUCCUCCUCCUCCGGGUCUAGUUACGGUUCAUGGAGCUCCUCCACAUCUUCCUCUGGCUCGUCCCGCUCAUGUUCUCCAUCGUCCAGCAGAUCCAGAUCUCGCUCCAGGUCUCCUUACAGGAGAAGAUACAGGAGCAGGAGCCGGAGGUGUGAGUCUCGCGACAGCUUCUACAGGCAGAAGAUAUACCAUAAAGAGCGCGCCAUAGAGGAGAGGAGGGUGGUGUACAUCGGGAAGAUCGGCAGCCGCAUGACCAGAUCGGAACUCAGGAGCCGCUUCUCCAUGUUUGGGGAUAUUGAGGAAUGCACCCUUCACUUCAGAGAGGAGGGUGACAAUUACGGCUUUGUGACUUACCGCUACACCAGAGAGGCCUUCGCCGCCAUAGAAAACGGGCACAAGUUGCGCCUUCCAGGACGAGCUGCCCUUUGACCUCUGCUUUGGUGGCCGACGACAGUUCUGUAAAAGUAAUUACGCUGAUCUUGAUUCAAAUCGGGAAGAUUUUGACCCCGCCCCCAUUAGAAGUAAAUUCGACAAUAUAGAUUUCGACACUUUACUAAGAGAGGCUCAGAAGAAGCAACGGAGGUAA